AUGGCUACCAACAUUACAUGGCAUCCUAAUUUAACAUACACCGAAAGGUCGGAAUUGAGAAAGCAAAACGGUGCAACAAUUUGGUUGACUGGUCUCAGCGCCUCAGGAAAAAGUACAAUUGCUUGUGCACUCGAGCAACUACUUCUUAAAGUUGGAGUAUCUGCAUACAGAUUGGACGGAGAUAAUGUCAGAUUUGGCCUCAACAAAGAUUUAGGAUUCUCAGAGAAGGAUAGGAAUGAAAACAUUCGCAGAAUCUCCGAGGUCUCCAAACUAUUUGCCGACUCCUGUACCAUAGCGAUUUCCUCCUUCAUCUCUCCUUACCGCAUUGAUCGUGAUAGCGCCAGAGCCUUACACAGAGAUGGCCACCUAAAAUUCAUUGAGGUCUUUGUUGAUGUUCCUCUUGAAGUUGCCGAGCAGAGAGAUCCAAAAGGCCUAUACAAAAAGGCGAGAGAAGGCGUUAUUAAAGAUUUCACUGGUAUAUCUGCACCUUAUGAAGCUCCAGAAAAUGCUGAAAUUCAUUUGAACACAGAGAAACAAUCAGUGGAAGAAUGCGCUCAGCAAAUCUUCGAGUACCUGAAAAAGGAUUCCAUAAUUUAA